GCUGGAGUGCCGCCCACCCUAGACCCAGUCGUGCUCUGUCUGUUGCUCUCGCCGCACAGCGCAGAUUCGGCAACGACGUUUUGAUCUUCAGCAUGCAGUCUGGCCGUGGCUCUGAUGGUAGGAGCGAACAGCCUGAGGACCCUGAGAGCCCUAGGCGUGUUUCAUCGUCGCCGCCCGCCUCUAACGCUCAGAAUGAUGGAGUGACUGAGUCCGUGCCUGCGAGCAGCGUCCCCCAGGAAAACCGGCUGACUGAUUAUGAUCAGCUUGUAUGUUCCUCCAGAUCUCACUCAGAACCUAUCUCCAACAGUCGCGUCCGUAGACCACGUUUGAGAUUGAACAUCUCGUCACCAGGUGCUUUUGCUCAAAACCUGGCUGUCACUCGUCAAACGGGCUUAGCACAACGCAGAUUUCCACUAGACCAUUCGGAAGCAACGAGGAACACUGUCGACCACCACACUGGAGGUAUGCUCUCGGCUUUCGACGACGUACAACAGCGUGCUCUCAUGCAGGCUGAGUUUGAGAGACUGGAAAACAGCAUGCGCCGUGGCAGAUUCUCUCAGAGACCUCGAGAUCCCAUUUACGAAGAGCGUGACCGAAGAAGCCGUGAGCAUCAAGCGGAGGGUACACGCCGUGCGAUACGGAACCGAGAGCGGGAUCGUGCCCGGAGAGAACGACUUCGUCGAGAGCGAAUGUCGGGUGGAGGAUGGACUGUUCCAGAUGCAUCCCUUGCGACCGGAGCUAAUGCUACCGUUUCUGUAUCUACAGCGCCAGUCGCUCCAAUGUAUCCACAACAAUCAGAAUCCUCCGGGCCUGAAGGUGAGUCCGAAUAAGAGAGGAGACUGGGAGCGAGUCCAACCGCGACGCCAGAAUCGCCCUCAAGGGAUUGCGCGCAAAACGAGAUUGAGGCACAACAGCGUGAAAAUGAGGAGACUGAGAGUGCUGAGAGUGAGGACGAGGAUCCACCAAGAACACCAUUACAAAAUUAGUUUUAUGCAGGCAUAAAGUGAAAAACCUAAGACAUAUUCCCUCUUGCUUUGUCGCCCUUUUUGUACGGU